GUGUUAGGAAGCGGUUUCUGCGGCCUAGCGGUACUGUGGGAGCAUAGUGGAGCGGUUUCUCCCCGGAGUUUGACACCUGCUUCCGUUACACAGAGGAAGUGUGGUUGGCUCGCCAGAGGACGGCUCCUGGACGAAUUUGCUCUCCGCUGUGUGCUCGGCCGGAAUCAUGUCGAGCUUGGCGGUGAGAGACCCAGCCAUGGAUCGUUCGCUGCGUUCAGUGUUCGUGGGUAACAUUCCGUAUGAGGCGACGGAGGAGCAGUUAAAGGACAUUUUCUCGGAGGUUGGUUCCGUUGUCAGUUUCCGUCUCGUAUACGACAGAGAGACAGGAAAGCCUAAGGGGUAUGGCUUCUGCGAGUACCAAGACCAGGAGACCGCGCUUAGUGCCAUGCGGAACCUCAAUGGGCGAGAAUUUAGCGGGAGAGCGCUUCGGGUGGACAAUGCCGCCAGCGAAAAGAACAAGGAGGAGUUAAAGAGCUUGGGCCCGGCUGCGCCCAUCAUUGACUCACCCUAUGGGGACCCGAUUGAUCCAGAAGAUGCUCCCGAGUCGAUUACUAGAGCGGUCGCCAGCCUGCCCCCAGAGCAGAUGUUUGAGCUGAUGAAGCAAAUGAAGCUGUGUGUCCAAAACAGCCACCAGGAAGCUCGCAACAUGCUACUCCAGAACCCACAACUGGCGUAUGCCCUGCUGCAGGCCCAAGUGGUGAUGAGAAUCAUGGAUCCAGAGAUUGCACUGAAAAUUUUGCAUCGUAAGAUACACGUCACACCAUUGAUCCCAGGCAAAUCUCAGCCUGUCUCUGGCCCUGGCCCUGGUGGUCCUGGCCCUGGCCCCGGCUCCGGUCCUGGCCCUGCCACUGCCCCUGGGCUCUGCCCGGGACCCAAUGUUAUGCUGAACCAACAGAAUCCUCCAGCUCCUCAGCCUCAGCAUCUGCCAAGAAGACCUGUGAAGGACAUCCCUCCCCUGAUGCAGACUUCUAUACAGGGAGGAAUUCCAGCCCCAGGACCAAUGCCAGCCGCAGUUCCUGGACCUGGACCUGGUUCCUUAACUCCAGGAGGAGCAAUGCAGCCACAGGUUGGCAUGCCAGUGGUUGGUCCAGUGCCCUUAGAGCGAGGACAAAUGCAGAUGUCAGAUCCUAGACCUCCAAUGCCUCGUGGACCCAUGCCUUCUGGUGGCAUACCUCCUCGAGGACUGCUGGGAGAUGCUCCAAAUGACCCUCGCGGAGGGACUUUGCUCUCAGUUACUGGAGAAGUAGAACCCAGAGGUUAUAUGGGCCCACCUCACCAGGGUCCCCCAAUGCACCAUGGUCACGACAGCCGUGGCCCUUCCUCGCAUGAUAUGAGAGGAGGCCCGUUAGCAGCAGAUCCCAGAAUGCUAAUUGGAGAGCCCAGAGGUCCCAUGAUAGAUCAAAGAGGUCUGCCUAUGGAUGGUAGAGGAGGUAGAGAGUCUCGAGGAAUGGAGACUCGGCCCAUGGAAACCGAGGUCUUGGAGCCACGAGGAAUGGAGAGGAGAAUGGAGACCUGCGCAAUGGAAACCAGAGGGAUGGAAGCAAGAGGCAUGGAUGCAAGAGGACUAGAGAUGAGGGGCCCUGGCCCUAGUUCCAGAGGUCCGAUGACUGGUGGAAUCCAGGGUCCUGGCCCCAUUAAUAUGGGAGCAGGUGGCCCUCAGGGACCUAGACAGGUUCCAAACAUUGCAGGAGUGGGAAAUCCUGGAGGUAGCAUGCAGGGGGCAGGUAUACAAGGAGCAGGGAUGCAGGGAGCAGGUAUACAAGGAGGAGGAAUGCAGGGAGCAGGCAUGCAAGGAGGGAUGCAGGGAGCAGGCAUGCAAGGAGGGAUGCAGGGAGCAAGUAAGCAAGGUGGAGGCCAGCCUAGCAGUUUUAGCCCUGGACAAAGCCAGGUAACUCCACAAGACCAAGAAAAAGCAGCUUUGAUCAUGCAGGUUCUUCAGCUGACUGCAGAUCAGAUUGCCAUGCUGCCUCCCGAGCAAAGGCAGAGUAUCUUGAUCUUAAAGGAACAGAUCCAGAAAUCCACUGGUGCUUCUUGAAAGGGUUGACUAGGAAGCACUUAGUUAUCCCCUCAGUGUUUAUUGUGUGGCAUGAAAGCAGUGCAGAAAGCUGUCUCCUGUGUGCCCAUGCUUUAAUGAUUGAAGAUUUCCCUAUCCCUGGAACUUAGUUUUAUUUCUAGUCUUUUCACUUUGUGUUUUCCCUUUUCUUUUUGGUUGAGGGUAGGGAAUGGGCCUGUUCACUUUGUCACUGUUACUCUAUAGAAACCCUGGAAAUGAUGACAUACCAAAUAAGGUGAUACAGGAAGAUAGAGCAAUGGUAGCAUGUCUGCACUCUGUUAGCCGUAUUUUAUAAAUAUCGAUAAACUGGGAACUACGUAAACGUUGAAAGUGGCCUGUUACAAUAUUGAUAGUUUAAAGAUUUUUGGUUGUAUAUUGAACUGAAUGUCAAUUUGUGAAGAUAGACUUUUUGGUAAACCAAAACACUAAUUCUAUUUUGAAGGCAAUAGAGUGCUGUAUUAAGGCUAACAUUUUAGUUAUUUUUUGAAACAUUAGAGCUAACAGUCUGUGGUAAAAUUUGUAGCAAUGGAAUUUUUUUUUAAAGCUCUUAUGGGAAAACUCAAGAUGAUGCCUCUACUGAAACUGUUAGUAUCCUUGCCUGGUCUCAACUCUGGUAGUUUUGCAGGACAGUUGUAGUGUGAACUGAGUUACAUUUAAGUCUGAUGAGACUCAAUUAAUUGCUUAAUACAUAUCUCAGAAAAAAAUCUUAAGCCCCAAGUCUGGUUGUGAGUAAUUUUCUGACAUCUAAAAGAAUCAGUCAGACAUGGAUGGAGUCAGGCUUUCUUGAGUAGUGGAGGCUUCAUUCAGUAACUCUCCCAGGUUCUCAAUAAACCACUCUCCAUAUGGAUGCACUCCAUUUGGUUGACAGGAAGUUAGAAAUCUUAGUCUUGACAUUUUGACAUGUCUUACAGUUUGAUUACUUUCAUAAACUACUUUCUUACAUCUUACUAGAAAUGGGGCCCAAGUAGACUGACAGCUCUGCUCAGUUAACUUAACAUUUUAUAUUUUACAUAAAAGCCACUUGGUCAUAAUAAACAUUCCUAUAAGAUAUAUUUUAAAAUAAGGAAUGUGGAGUUUAAUAUGUUUCCUUUAGAGCUACUAUCUUAUGUUUUAGCUUUGAGUGUGUGGCACCUAGACAUUGUGUCAUAUCCAGUUUAUGAAACAAGCACAAGUUCCCAUAUGACCAAGUGACCUUCCUCUGUAGGUUAAUAAACACCCAGCUACUGAGGGAAGAGUAGCCUUAGGGAGGGCUGACACAAGGGGUUUUCCCCUUGCAAAGUUCCUCAAUGUUAAGUGUACAAAGUUCUCAUCCCUAGGCUGUUUUCCUAUGGUUUGGUUGUUCUGUGCUAGUGUUUCGCUGCCUGUGUUUCCUCUGCCUCCCUUGUGCUGGAGUGGCUUAGUGUUUGUACUUCUGUGCUAUUUUUGGCCAAUUCCAAUUGCUUGUUUCUUUUGCAAUUGUAGUUGCUAGCCCCAGACUUCUCACUGACUCAACAUUGUUUGUUAUAAGAAAGUCUACACUGUUUAAUGAAGCUUAAAUAAAAAGGUUUGUAUGGCUAA